ACUCUCCGCCGUGAUAUUAUUCCUGUAAUAUUAGCGGAACCUGUAGGACGUUCAUAACAACAGUGCGCUCACUGGUUCUACAGAGAAGCUGAAAAGAUGAAGAAAUGGACCAAAAUCCUCAUCAGUGUGAUUUUACUGGCGAUUGUGGUGACUGCCAUCGUACUCCCGAUCGUACUGCCCGUAGAAAACGAAUCAAACACAACGACUGAGGCGGCCACAACAGUUGCACCCAACCCCACCAAUAAUCGCAUCGAGUGCUACCCUUUUCAAAACAUGGCGAAAGAUAAUUGUACGUCAGCUGGAUGUCUUUGGGACUCGAAGAACCAACAUCCCAACUGCUACCUUCCAGAUUCCAGCGUCUACGGUUACGAGAUUAACGGAACUGUGACAGAUCUUCCCAAUCAAAUGGGAUUCACACUCGACCUCCGCCGUCGUCGAGCUGCAGAUGAAUCGACAACUUUCUCACUUUACGGAGGAGAUUUUGAUCAAGUUACUUUUGAAGUCAACUAUUACAGUGACAGCACAUUAGGAUUUAGGUUUUACCCGAAAGACGCCAACGCAUCUGAGCUUCGACCACCCGUAGCUCUGACACUAAUGGAAACCCCCUUGACCGACAAUGUUCACUAUGAAACUCGAAUAGUUUCCAGCGAGAAUGGCGAGCCUUUCAACGUUCAAAUCAUCCGUAAAAGUUCACAGGCAGUCAUUUUUGAUACAUCACUGGGCGGAUUAACUAUUGCUGAACAGUUUCUAAUGAUAAGCACCAAAUUGCCUACCCGUUACCUUUACGGCUUUGGUGAAAAUACUCACGACAAUCUUUUGCACGACAUGCGUUAUAAAAUGUGGCCGAUAUUUAGCCGAGGACAGGCGCCAGGCAUGAGAGAUAUUAAUGUUUACGGAGCCCAACCGUUUUACAUGGCCAGCGAGGAAGACGGUUCUUCCCAUGGAGUAUUUCUAUUCAACAGUCACGCAAUGGAUGUGACGACCAUGCCGUAUCCCGGUCUCACCUUCCGCGCUAUCGGUGGCAUGUUGGAAUUCUUCGUCUUCCUCGGACCCGAACCGGAGUCUGUCGUCAAACAGUACAGUGACGUCAUCGGUAAAACAUUCAUGCCUCCUUACUUUGCACUCGGGUUCCAGCUCAGCCGCUGGGGCUAUAGAAACACAAGCAACUUAAAGGACGCUGUUGACCGUACUCGAGACCUGGAAAUCCCUCACGAUGUUCAAUACGCGGACAUUGACUACAUGGAUGCGCGAAAAGAUUUCACCAUUGACCCUGUCAACUUUGGUGAUCUGCCCGAAUUGGUGGACGAAGUGAAAAAAGACGGCCUAAGGUUCGGUAUUAUCUUGGAUCCGGCAAUUGCCCACGAGCGAACCGGUUAUCUUCCGUUUAAACGAGGUAAUGACGAUAAGGUGUUUGUACAAUGGGCCAAUUCAUCCUACAAGCCUGAAGACCAAGCUGCGAAUGACAAUAAUCUUUAUGGCCGUGUAUGGCCCAUAAGGGAGACGGCCUUCCCAGAUUUUUUCAAGACCAAGACAAAACAAUGGUGGACGGAAGAGAUCCGCAUUUUCCGCGAAGAUAAAAAAUUGAAUUUCGAUAUUCUCUGGAUCGAUAUGAACGAGCCUUCCAACUUUCUCACUGGAACCUUGCUCCAAUGCCCUACAAAUCGCUGGGACGACCCUCCGUACGAAACAAUGGCGGCACAUGUUGGUGCGACUGGAAGGCUUUCGGAAAAGACCAUUUGCAUGGCAUCCAACUUUGGUGAAAAUGACGAAUUCCUCCACUAUGAAGUUCACAGUCUCUACGGUUAUUCCCACGCCAUGGCUACUCAGAGUGCUCUCCGGCAGAUUCUGACCGGAAAAAGAUCCAUGGUUCUCUCUCGCUCCACGUUCGCUGGAAGUGGCAAAUAUGCUGGGCAUUGGCUGGGAGACAAUUACUCGACAUGGAAUCAAAUGGCUAAUUCUAUUAUUGGAAUGAUCGAGUUCAACAUGUUCAACAUACCAUACGUCGGGCCGGAUAUUUGCGGAUUCAACCUCAACGCGGAGGAAGAAAUGUGCGAGCGCUGGAUGGAAUUGGGCGCUUUUUAUCCAUUCUCUCGUAAUCACAACAGCUUCCUCUUCAAAGAUCAAGAUCCCGCUCAAUGGCCAGACACGGUGGCCGUUUCUGGUAGAAAAGCUCUCAAUAUUCGCUAUCGACUUCUGCCAUACCUUUACACGCUCUUCUACGAUAGCCACACUAUCGGCGGCACUGUCGUCCGACCACUUUAUCACGAGUACCCAAAGGAUAUAAGCGCUCGCUCAAUCGACAAGCAAUUCAUGUGGGGACCGGCCCUUCUGAUUUCUCCUGUACUGGAAGAAGGAAAACUCUCUGUCGAUGUUUACAUUCCAGACGACGUCUGGUACGAUUACUACACUGGAGAACGAAUUGAAGUUUUAGGUAAGACGAACCUCUCUGCUCCAAGGGAUCACAUUAAUUUGCAUUUGCGUGGUGGCUACAUCCUACCCGCUCAAAAACCUGCUCUCAACACCAUGCUCAGCCGUCAGAACAAUUUUGAACUUUUGGUACCGCUGAAUGACCAGAACUCGGCCAGCGGAAAAUUGUUUUGGGAUGAUGGAGAAAGCGCCAACACGAUCGAGGACGGCCUCUAUCAAAUCAAUUCCUUUGAAUUAAAAGCCGAAACGUUAACCAUCAAAGUAGAAAAGGGGUCAAAUAAUUCUUGGAGCGGGAUUACCCAACUAUUAGACACGAUUCAAUUUAUGGGAUGGUCGAAAAAUCCAACCAGCGUAGCUGUUAAUGGCGUUAUCCUGGGAAAAGACAGCUAUUCUUACAACGAAACAAACCAGAACCUAUUUUUAUUCUACGAGUUCAACAUGAAUGAUGAUUUUGUGAUCGAAUUUCAAUGAUUUGUACGCAGUCAAUACAGUGCCAUAAAAUACGA